AUGGCGCGUUUCUUGUUGAUGGCCAGCCUGGUCGGCGGCGCCGCGGCUGCGACCUGGACGUCCCCAUGGACCGCAUGCUGGGUGGCACUGUUCGCCCAGGGCAUACCCACCGCAGCCUCCCUGGGGCUGCAGGUGGCCACGCAAGACGCCUUCCGCGCAGUCCCGGCCAGCGGUACUCUGGAGCUGGAGCUUGUCGCUUCUGACGCCACGGCCACGACCUGGCCAUCCACCGUGGGAGGACUGAUCGCGUCGUUUUCUGGCAAUGCCGCCAAGAACGACGACGUUGGCGGUGUCGUUGCUGUAGAUGUCAGAGGAAGUAGCGAUACUGCACGAGUAAACGGUUUGAAUAUCGGGCCAGCGGCUAAGCCGCAGCUGACAAUCGAGAUGUGGGUGUACAUGCACAGCAAGGAUGGAUACGUCGGGUGGGCAUCUGGCCCGGACGAGGGCGGAGGUUACGACCGCAGUAUUGUCCUCCACGACAUUCGUUUUCAUGGGAUCUCGUUAUGUGUGGGCCAUGCCGGAUGGGGAUCGAACAUCAAUAUGCCGUUGCAGACGUGGACACAUUUGGUGGGCACCUGGGACCAGGGCAAUUACGCGUACUUAUAUGUCAAUGGAGUACAAUAUGGGCCUGAACCCGUGACAAAAAAUGAGCAAGGAAAUUAUUUCUUAAUCGGCAAUCGUUUCGCAGGAGACUGGCAAUACAACACCGACAUCUCGGUAUCAGCCGUUCGCGUGUGGAGCAGCAUCCUGGGUCAAAGCGAUGUCGACGAGUUGUAUGCUCGUGGAGCUUCCGGUGCCGCGGGGCAGCUCCAGCCACCGACGCCGGCUCCAACGGCAGCUCCGACGCCAGCUCCGACACCAGCUCCGACGGGUUCGUGGUACGCUGGGCCCACGUCGACGAGUUGCGCUUCGUUCUGUGCAACUUUGGGCCUUACUUGCGAAGACAGAGUGAUAAGCACCCAAGCAGAGAUGGAAUCAAUCGCCGAAAGUCUGGAUAUGCUUUCCACCCAAAGCGGACUUGCAGCCGAUUCGGGAGGAUACGCAGGGGCGAAGUGCAUCGGGUAUUCAGAUGGGAACGGGCACGCUUGGAGUGGUCUCCGCGCUUGGUACCGUUCGCGCCCUUCGCACGGUCCCUGCUAUUUCGAUUACACCGUGUCGGGGGUGCAAGAUCAUUGCCAACAUUCUUGGGGAAAGACGACAGACGCACCAUUCUGUUAUUGUAGUGGGCUGCCUAAUCCAACCGCUGCGCCGACGCCGGCAACGCCACCUCCAGCGAGCGGCGCAGGCGCCGGGGCUUCGGCCGUUGGCGACCCGCACCUGCAAAACAUCCAUGGCGAGCGGUUCGACCUGAUGCAGGCGGGCAAGCAUGUUCUGAUCAACGUACCUCGUGGAAUGAGUGCUGAAAACGCCUUGCUUCGCGUGCAGGCCGCUGCGCGCCGCUUGGGUGGACAAUGCGCGGACAUGUACUUCCAGCAGCUCAACGUUACCGGGUCGUGGGCAGAGGUCAAGCAAGCCGGAGGCUACCACUACAGCGUAUCGCAGCAUGACGCCAAGGGUCCGGAAUGGGUUGCCUUCGGCAAGGUCGAGCUCAAAGUCGUGCAUGGACGUACGGACAGCGGCCUCCUGUACCUGAACUUGUACGUGAAGCACUUGGGGCGAGCGGGAUUCGCAGUCGGAGGGUUACUGGGCGAAGACGAUCACGGAGACGUGAGCGCUGCGCCAGAUUCAUGCGCGCAGCGCCUGGCCCUCGUCGCUGGAACGCGCGGCGGCAGAGGCCCAGAGGUGGCUUCGGUCGCAGUAGCAAGCCUCGCCUGA